GGUUUAGUGAACAUGACGACGAACAUUGGCCUCAGCGAUACGUGCACUCCUUUCGAAGCAAGAAUCACGGCUCUAAUUGAGAGGUACAAUCGCCUAGAGAAGCGACUCGCCCAGGACAGGGAGCUGAUCGUGCUCCUGUGUCUGGAGAACGAUGUCGGACAGCUGCUUGAUCGGCUAGAGACAGGAUAUCCAUCCUACGGUCUCCGGACAGGUCAAAAGAUAGCCGAAUGCACGGAGUCUCCUCAAAAGCAUCCAGCACCAGUGUGCUAUGCUCUGCAUUCAACACCGAUGGAAAAGCAUCCUGAUGACUCUACAGCUCCGCCUGGGCCGCCACUUCCCGUACAGGAGACAUCUGUGAAGCCAGGCUACGGCUAGCAACCUGUGACACUCUCAGCACACAUGUACAUGUACAUUGUACAUUAUCCUGGAGUGAAUGUUCAGUAUGGUAUAUUUUAUUGUACAUUAUCCUGGAGUGAAUGUUCAGCAUGGUACAUUGUACGAGUUACAUGUACAAUGUGCAAGUACAAAGUCUUGUUCCUGUAUACAUGUACAUGUAUGUUCGCAGCUGAAACUUUUUAAACUUCAGUUUCUUUUCCCCUUGGCCCUUUUCCCUUUUUUGAAGACGAUUAUUAAGAUGUAUUUGUAGAUUAGUUCAGGUAUCCUUGCUGCAUCGCUAGAUUAUAGCUCACUUUAUCGGCCACAGAUCAAACGCACUGCAAGCCCCCUUCCCGCAAGCGCGUAAACACAGGCACACAUACACACAUACACACACACACACUCACACAUACACACACACACACUCACACAUACACACACACACAAUCACAUCCGCUCAUGCACAAACAUGUAGACAUUUGCUCACACAAACACACACACAUGCACGCAAACAGUCACCAUUUUUGCCUGCACAUUUUUGUGGAGUAAAUCUGGGUUAAAAAAACUCAAAAUGUUAACACAUGUUUCGGUACACGUAUCCCAAUUCAUAACAUUGUAGAACGA